AUGUUAAAAUCGAAAGGAGACGAGAAGAUGCUUGAAGCAACCCGGUCCGUCCCUCGAGAGCUCCAGUCGAGCACCGAGGCUGUCGGCCAGGUCAAAGAUGUCUCCGACCUCGAGAAGCAGAAGACGGAGGCCGGGGCCGCCCACUUUAGGAGGUUGGGGUGGAAGCGACUCACCAUCGUGAUGAUUGUCGAGGCCAUCGCCCUCGGCAGUCUGAGCAUGCCCUCGGCCUUCGCGACGCUCGGCAUGGUGGGCGGGGUCCUGUGCUGCGUCGGCCUCGGCCUCAUAGCCAUCUAUACCAGCUAUGUCGUCGGCCAGGUCAAGAUAAAAUUCCCCGAGGUGCAGCACUACGCCGACGCCGGCCGCCUGAUCAUGGGCCGGUUCGGGUACGAGCUGGUCGGCGUCAUGUUCGUGCUGCAGCUCGUCUUCCUCGUCGGCUCGCACUGCCUCACGGGCACCAUCGCGCUCCUCAACCUGACCGACAACGGCGCCUGCUCGCUCGUCUUCGGCGUCGUCUCGGCCAUCGUGCUGCUGCUGCUUGCGACCCCCCCCUCGUUCGCCGAGGUCGCCAUCCUCGGCUACAUCGAUUUCGUCUCCAUCAUGGCCGCCAUCUUCGUCACCAUCAUCGCGACCGGCGUGCAGCGGACCGAGGCAGCGGUGCCGUCGAACUGGUCCGCGUGGCCCGAGGAAGGGGUCACGUUCACCAAGGCGUUCGUGGCCAUCACCAACAUCGUGUUCGCGUACUGCUUCGCCAUCUGCCAGUUCUCCUUCAUGGACGAGAUGCACACGCCCAAGGAGUUUGUCAAGUCGAUCUGGGCGCUUGGCCUGACCGAGAUCGUCGUGUACACGCUGACGGGCGCGCUGACCUACGUCUUCGUCGGCACCGAGGUCAAGUCGCCCGCGCUGCUGUCGGCGGGCCCGCUGCUGUCCAAGAUAGCGUUCGGCGUUGCGCUCCCCGUCAUAUUCAUCUCCGGGUCGAUCAACGGGACGGUGGUGGCGCGCUACAUCCAUGGGCGCAUGUACCGGGGCACGGUCACACGCUUCAUUAACACGACUAAGGGCUGGGUGACGUGGCUCUCGCUCAUCUCAGUGGUGACGCUCGUCGCGUGGGUCAUCGCCGAGUCGAUCCCCUUCUUCUCGGACCUGCUCGCCAUCUCAUCCUCCCUCUUCGUCUCCGGCUUCACCUUCUACUUCCCGGCCAUCAUGUGGUUCAUGCUCAUCCGUAAGGGCAAGUGGUACUCUCGCGAGAACCUGCUGAAGAGCGUGCUCAACGCUGUCGUCUUCGUCAUCGGCAUCGUCGUCCUCGUCGGCGGCACGUACGCCAGCAUCGUCGAUAUCAUCGACCGCUACAACCGGGGUGCAGUCCGGGGCGCGUUCACCUGCUCACCAUUCGAAUGA